AUGGCUCACUCUACUUGGGCAACGACUCAGCUCUCUCACCUUCUCCCUCUUGAUCAAGGCUCCUUGAAACAGAUCAUCGACUAUACCUCCGCGCUUCCAAAGGAUGCAGCCGCCGAUCAUCUCAAGAACUUUUUGGGAGACUCACCCAAAGCUCUCGAAUUCAUAAGCUCCUUCAAUGCACGCAGAGACGCCCCAAAUACAGCCACUCCAGCUCUAGAUCCAGCCCCAGCCCCAGCCCCAGUUCCGCCCGAGGGUGCUCGCAAACCACGAAAGAAGAAGGCCCCUCUUAACAAGCUUCCACCUCCACGGCAGCCAGAGGACUAUGGGAACACGCUUCGCGCAUACCAGAAAAGGGAUGAGGAGGACUACAUGGGCGGUAGCAAGCGUUCACGGCCAGAGCCUGCUCUUGCAAAGACUUUGGCUCUCUCAGAUCAGCCGGACGCACGCCAAUUGCCCAAAGUCGCAUCAGCAACCUCUACCCCAGCUGCCAAACCCCCACCUUCAGCAACAGGACAUCUUAUCUCGGACCUCCCCAACAUCCGCUCAGGUUCUCGUACAUCCUCCAGAACUUCUUCACCCGCUCCCAAAACCAAGAUCAAUGUCGCAGGCGGCAACUCGAUGCACGGCGCAUCCACAACCCUCCAAGACCUCGACUCCGCCAUUCGCACCCUUGAGCUGCAAACCAAUCCCUCCCUCUCCGCCGAUCCCUCAUCCCGCCGCUGCACCUGUCUUGCAACACGACAUCCCCUCCUCGUCGCCGCUCCCAACUGUCUCAAUUGCGGAAAGAUAGUCUGCGUGAAAGAAGGCAUCGGCCCUUGCACAUUCUGCGGGCAUCCACUCCUUUCCUCCCAAGAAAUAAGCGCCAUGAUUGACUCGCUGCGCCAAGAACGCGGGCAGGAGAAGAUGAAUCUAAACAACGCAUCCCACCGCCGGCCGAACCUAGCUUCUACCUCCCGCCCUUUCACCAACGCCUCCAGCGGUGCAGCCUCGCCAUCAUCCUCUACCGCAGACAAUACCCUUGACCUAGCUAAACAACACCGCGACAAGCUCCUAGCCUACCAAGCCGAAAACGCGCGUCGCACUCACAUCAUCGACGAAGCCGCCGACUUUGAAACGCCCACCUCAGGCCUCAGCAUGUGGUCUUCUCCUGUGGAGCGAGCGGCGCAGUUGAAGAGGCAGCAGAAGGUAUUGCGAGAGCAGGAGUGGAAUGCGAAGCCGGAAUAUGAGAAGAGGAGGGUAGUUCUUAGUGUUGAUCUGGUUGGCGGGAAGGUUGUGAAGAGGAUGGGCGAGGUGGAGAGACCGAGAGCUAGUGGUGGGGAUGAAGUGGAGGAUGAAGUGGUCGCUGACCAAGGGGAGGCGCAUGUGGGUGGAGGGGGUGAUGGUGGUGGGGGGUUUAGCAGAAACCCUUUACUAGGCAGUCUUAUCAGACCUGUAUGGAAGGGCAAAGAUAAAGACACCGACAUGGAGAAGGAAAACAAGGAGAACCAGCCCCGCAAGAGCGCAUGGCGAAGAGUGCAAGACGACAACGAUGACAACGAAGCAUGGAUCCUAGAUGGAGGUGUCUACGGCGGCCAGGACGACGGACGCAGACUGGGUGACGAGGAACAUGCUCAAGGAUAA